AUGGAUCAUCACUUUACUUUCCACAUGGUGUGGUUGUGGUGGCGGUGGCGGCGACGGUACGGUAUUGGUGGCAACAAUGACGUGGUGAAGAUAGUGGUGGUGGUUGUGACGAUACUGGAUGCGACGAUGGCGGUGGUAAUGGUGGCGACGACGGUGAUAGUAGUGGGGAUGGUGGUGAUCGAGGUGACGGCAAUGAUUGCGACAAUAGUAGUAGAUGUGAAGGAACGUAGGGAUGCCCCAAAAAGCAUCAACUUCCAUGAGGAGUACUACAGGGCAUUAAGAACAAGAUCCUAUGCUGAUUUCUUCAAUAAAGCUCAAUCACUUUCAAACCAGCCUUCCAUUUAUUAUAACCAUAAUAAAUUUUCAGAAAUCCUCCUUGAACCUGACCAAGAAACUAUACCUUCCAUUAUUGAUUCAGCAACCCUUUCAAAGACACCAGAACUCAAAAACCUUAUGCUGAGUUACUUUGACAUUAGUGCUGAAGCUUCACACAUUUGCAGUCAUCUUCUCAAAAGCAUAAAACAGGUUCACUCUAAUUAUCAGUUCAUUCAAAGAGCACUAGACAUUAUGGAUGGUGACUCAUCAGAAAAUUUUGAGCUAAUAAUCUUUGAGCUCAACUCAUUCAUCUUCUCAAAUAACCCCUUGUCAAACCUUAAAAAAAAUGAUUUCAACUUCAAGCUCAUCAAUGAUAAGCACUCAUCAGUAUUGCACCAUCUGAAGUCAAUGAGAAAAAAGGUGGGAAGGAAAAUUAAGCUAACAAAGUAUUUGAAGAAGACAUCUGGGAUUUGUGUCACAGCAUGUUGUGGCAUAGUAGCAGUCACAGUCAUAGUUAUAGCAGCACAUACUCUAGUAGCAUUAAUCAUGGGGUCAGCAAUUCUCAACUUCCCAUUUAAGCAUCUUAAGAAGAAGCUUCAAAGCUAUAAAAUUUCAGGAAGUGGGUCUCUUAGUGAAGUUUAUGAUCAGCUUGAUAUAGCAGCCAAGGGAACUUAUAUAUUGAAUCGAGACUUUGAUACAAUGAGUAGACUCAUAGCUCGGCUUCAUGAUGAAAUUGAGCAUAACAGGGCAAUGGUGCAAUUCUGUUUGGACAGGAAAGAAGACAAAUUCUCUUUGCAAAUAGUGAAGGAGCUUAAGAAAAGUGAUGUUGGGAUCAGGAAACAAGUGGAAGAACUUGAAGAGCAUGUGUACUUGUGCCUUGUAACAAUAAACCGGGCAAGGGCAUUGACAGGGAAGAAAAUCUUGUCCAAAGCAACUACCGUUUCAGACAGUGAAGAAAAUCUUGAAUUACUUCUUCUUCUUGUGACCAACGUGAACUACACCUUGAUUCUUGAAUUGAGUUUGGGUUAG